CUCUCUUCAUGUGUCCACAACUUUUCUCCCAAAUUUCCUCUUUCAUUUCAUAUCGUCUCUAUUUUUCAGCCAUGUGCCCUUCCGGUACCGCCUCCGACGAUCGUUCUGACGUUGCGUCCGUCGGUUUCCGUCAGGCAUUCGAGGUACUCGACGCCGACCACGACGGAAAGAUUAGCCGCGACGAUCUUCGUAAAUUCUACAGCGGCGGCGGCGAUGCCGACGAAGAUGCAAUUGGGUCAAUGAUAGCCGCUGCGGACUUGAAUCGGAACGGAGUUGUAGAGUAUGAGGAGUUCGAGCGCGUAUUGUCCGGGGGACGGAGGAGAUCGACGGGGAUUAUGGAGGAGGUGUUUAAGACGAUGGAUAAAGAUGGAGAUGGACGGUUGAGCCAUGGCGACUUGAAGAGCUAUAUGCAUUUGGCUGGAUUUUCGAUAUCUGAUGAAGAGGUAACGGCGAUGAUUAGGUUUGGCGGUGGAGAUGAAUCGGACGGCGUUUGUUAUGAAGGAUUGCUCAAGAUUUUGGCCGUUGAUAAUAUGUAUUAAUUAGUUCAUAUAUUGAUAUGUAUAUUUUUUUGGGUGUGGUUGAGAUCUGAGGUUUCCAAGAAAUGCAUUUCUGGAAAAUGUUUGUCUUCUUAUUGUAAAAAGUCCUUCUCUGGGAGGGGAAAAACGUUUUUAAUAAAAAGCGUUUAUUUCUUGAGCCGUUCUUGUUGUGCUUUAGGUGUUACUAAUCCUAAAGCUCUUGUAUGUAAAUUUGAAGUUUACUCAAUAAAUUUUAGUGUUUUGAGAGUAGAAAAA